GUGCUUUGCCUUUCCAUCAGAUGCCCCGGCGUUCGACUCGCUCAUCCAUAGCUCGUGGCUGUCAUUCUUUCUCUCUCUCUCUCUCUCUCUCUCUUUGCACCGAGGCGAGAUAGAAAGAGCGAGAGAGGGACAUAGGGGCAGUUCGGCCGUGCACGCGAGCGACACUUUGCGCGCGUCAGUGACAGGCGCGUGGUCGGUUGCAGGAGGCCUCUCGGACGCCCCCGGGAAGACGUGUGCGCGACUAAGUUGGCCAGACGUUCUUUCUCAGCUGGUAAGGGAGACUGUUUCAUCCUCGCAUCGUCGAUACUUUAUUGAAACUGACUCGAGCGUCUUCUUUUCACAUCGUGAUCUGCAUGCUCUCGUGGCAAGGUCAAAUGAAGAGGUGCCUCGGAUCGGCGCAGCUGGUGGGGCUGGCCGCGCUGGUGCUACUGCUGAUGAUCAGCAUCGAGUCCGCGGAGGCGGCUAAGGGUGGCGGCGGUGGCCGCGGUCGCGGCAGAGGUGGCCGCGGACGUAUGUUCGGCUCGCGCAUGCCGAUACUCAUACCCAAUCGAAAUCCCGGCGCUGUCAACUACUACGAGAACAAGGACGGAGCCAAAAUCCAGAAAGCCUCGCAUUUCGAGCUGGACUACAUGCUGGGCAGGAAAAUAACGUUCUUCUGCAUGGCCACCGGCAUACCCAGGCCGGAAAUCACGUGGUUCAAGGAUGGCGUCGAAUUGUACCAUCACAAAUUUUUCCAGGUUCACGAGUGGCCCAUGGGAAACGACACGAUAAAGUCGAAAAUGGAGAUAGACCCGGCGACGCAGAAAGACGCCGGCUACUACGAGUGUCAGGCAGACAAUCAGUACGCGGUCGACCGCCGCGGUUUUCGCACGGACUACGUCAUGAUUUCGUAUUAGAACGGAUACAAUAUCGUCGCUCGCAAUAUUCUUUCUCUUUAUGCUGUAUCUUCGCAUUUGAACUUGAACGAUCGCUGCUUUAAUUAUCACGGCUCCGUUUUCCUUUGAGUCUGGCCUAUAUUAUAGAAGAUGAAUUUUCGUAGAAUAUUGUAAAGAAGACAUUCGUCGUUGAAGAAAUAGUUGAUAGAAAGCAAUCGAAAGGCUCAAUUAGUGUAUGAGGCAGAAUACAAUCUCCUUUAAGGGCAAACAAAUUUUUACGAACUUCUUAAUUCGAAUGAUGAUGUAGCAUGUGUAAAAUUACUGUUUUAACUUUACGUUGAUGAACUGUCCAACAUACAGCCUUUGGGGCACUGGAAGAAUCAAUUUCUGUAAACUAAUCUUUUUUACGUACAUAAAUGUUUGUUAUAAUAAGCUAAGUGGACGAAUACGCUCAUAGUUUUAAAUACUUUUACUCUAGAUUUUUUAUAGCCAGUAUUAAGUAUGGUUUUCGAUCUGAAAUGCGACAGGCAGGUUAUUAUUGUUCGAUUAGAGUUACUAAGCAUACAAAUCAUGCACGAAUAAAAAAGUUUUGUACCAAA